AUGAUCCGACUGGAUUUCCCAACAACCAACAACGUGGCAGAGUAUGAAGCCCUGGUCGCGGGGCUAGACCUUGCAAGGGCCGCGGGAGCAAAAAACAUAAUUGUCCACUGCGAUUCACAAGUGGUAACAAGUCAGAUCAAUGGCGACUACGAGUGCAAGAACGAUAGAAUGAAGAGAUAUCUGGAAGAAGUGAAGUACCGAAUCAACAGCCUCGAAGUCGAAUUCAUUCAGGUCCCAAGAGAAGAGAAUGAAUGGGCUGACCAACUAGCAAAAGCUGCAUCAGCCGAAUUCAUGCUAGUUCCUGAACAGGUAUUAUCAUUCGUCCAAAUAUCUUCACUUAUCGAUGACGGGACAAAUAUGCAGGUGGUGAACUCUGAACAUAACUGGACCACACCAUUGAUCUCCUACUUAAGGGCCGAGGUGUUACCAGAGGAAAAGGGCGCCGCAAGGAAGCUGAAGGUCCAGGCGUCACGGUUCGUGUUGAUAAAGGAUGUCCUAUAUAAAAGGGGUUUUUCUCGACUGUACCUAAGGUGUUUAUGCCAAGAAGAAGCAGACUAUGUGAUGAGAGAAGUACACGAGGGUAUCUGCGGAAACCACUCAGGCGCACGAUCACUGCUACACAAAUUGAUCCGAGCAGGAUACUACUGGCCUACAAUGAUGAAGGAUGCGCAAGUUUAUAUCCAAUCUUGCGACAAAUGCCAGAGGUUCAGCAAUUUCAUCAGGCAGUCGUCCGAAGAGCUGACAUUUAUGAUGGCACCCUGGCCGUUCGUACAAUGGGGACUUGAUAUUAUGGGCCCAUUUCCGACGGCUAUCCGGUACGGGAUACCCAGGGUACUGGUCUCUGACAACGGUAAGCAAUUAGACAACAGCGUGUUCAGAGACUUCUGCGCGGAGCUAGGGAUCAAGAAUCACUACUCGUCACCCGCACACCCACAGGCAAACGGGCAAGUUGAGGUCACGAACAGGUCCCUGCUCAAAAUAAUCAAGACCCGUCUUGAGGGGGCAAAGGAAGUGGGGCUCACGAGUUACUGGGUGGAGAGCUACGACGAGAAUAUGAACAAAGAAGGUGUGCGCCUCCAGCUUGAUCUACUGGACGAAGUCAGGGCGACAGCAGAACAGAGGUUGGCGCACUAUCAAGAUCUCAUGGCAAAACACUACAACAACAAAGUGAGGCACAGGGACUUCCAGGUUGGGGACCUCGUACUACGGAAAGUAAUGGGUGCCGCUAGAGAUCCUUCACAAGGAAAACUCGGCCCCAACUGGGAAGGACCCUACAGGAUCGCAUCAUGGCAAAGGAAGGGAACCUACCACCUCGAGACGAUGGACGGACAAAAAAUGCAGCACCCUUGGAACACGGAGCAUCUUCGGAAAUACUACUAG